AUGGAGCCGCUCAUCUUCCUGCCCCCGGACCACUGCCCCAUAGGGAAGGCUGCCGCUUACCAGAUGAGCAUGAGGGGCUCCAUUACGCGCAAGCAGGCCGCUCUCUCACGUGUGCUGGCACUUUUGCUCUUCAUGGACAGCGACGUGGGGCUUCGGUUGUCCUCGACGGGAAUGAGCUCCAAGUUGCGGGAGAAAUGUGAUGGCCCUGUCACAGAUGUGACCCAAAGAUUGUUCGCGGAUCUGCAAUCGAAGAAUGAGGAGACCCGGGUUCGAGCUGCUUACGAGCUCUACGACAAUGUUCUUUCGGUCUCACGAGACUGGCCCUCCGAGAAGUUCGUGGAGUUUUACAACGCGGUCAGUCAGCGAAUCGCCCAGCUGGUCGUGACCGGCAGCGGUGCCAACGAACGAGUCGGCGGCCUCCUCGCACUCGACCGUCUCAUCGAAUUCGACGAAGUCGACACUGCCCAGAAGACAACGCGAUUCGCCAGUUACCUACGAAAUGCCCUACGGAGUAAUGACAAUGUUGUGCUCAUCUACGCUGCUCGUUCGCUCGGCCGUCUGGCAAAGCCCGGCGGCGCUCUCACUGCGGAACUUGAAAGUGAAAUCCAGUCUGCGCUGGAAUGGUUGCAAUCAGAACGUCAGGAAAGUCGUCGAUUCGCCGCCGUGCUGGUGAUUCGAGAGCUGGCAAAAGGCUCGCCCACCCUACUCUACGGGUUCGUUCCUCGGAUCUUCGAGCUUGUCUGGGUUGCGCUUCGAGAUCCCAAAAUCCUUAUUCGAGAAACUGCUGCGGAGGCUGUGGGUGAAUGCUUCGAAAUCAUCGCCCCUCGUGAUGUCCAAGUCCGCCAGUCAUGGUUUGCCCGAAUUUACGAAGAGGCACUCCUGGGCUUGAAAUCUCAUAACAUGGACUGGACUCAUGGCUCUCUCUUGAUCCUCAAAGAGCUGAUCUUGAAGGGGGCUAUGUUCAUAAAGGAGCACUACCGCAACGCUUGCGAUAUUGUCCUCCACCUCAAGGACCACCGUGACCCGAAGAUUCGAUCCCAAGUCGUCCUCACUAUCCCUAUCCUUGCAUCCUACGUCCCGACCGACUUCGUUGAAAUCUACCUCCACCGAUUCAUAAUUUACCUCCAAACGCGGCUCAAAAGAGAUAAAGAGCGCAAUUCAGUAUUUAUCGCCAUCGGUAAGAUCGCGAAUGCAGUGGGCCCAGCAAUCACCCAAUACCUUGACAGUAUCAUCAUCUACAUCCAAGAGGGACUUGCAAUGAAGGCGCGAAAUCGAGCCGGGGUCAAUGAGGCUCCCAUGUUCGAGUGUAUCAGCAUACUCUCGCUGGCUGUGGGCGAAGUCCUCAGCAAGUAUAUGGAGGCUCUACUUGACCCGAUUUUCGCCUGCGGUCUCAGCAAGUUAUUGACACAAGCCUUGGUCGACAUGGUCCACUACAUCCCCCCAAUCAAAUGUACAAUCCAGGAAAAGCUUCUGGAUAUGCUCAGCAUCAUCCUCUGUGGAACACCCUUCCGGCCGCUUGGCUGCGAAGAGAACCGCCUUCCCCCCAUACUAUCAUUCGCAAAAGGCCUUGCUUCUCAUAACCUUCACUCUAAUACUGAGAUUGCCUUGGCUCUUCACACCUUGAGGAGCUUUGAUUUCUCGGGUCACAUCUUGACCGAGUUCGUUCGCAAUGUGGCAAUCAAUUAUGUGGAGAGUGACAGUGCCGAGAUCCGCAAAGCGUCUGUUCUUACAUACUGUCAGCUUGAAGUUAUUGACAAGCUCUUGACGGUUGGUAUUGGUGACCCUGAUCUAGAGAUCCGACGUACUGUCCUCUGGUCUCUGAACCCCAAGUUCAAUCGGUAUCUGGCACGGCCAGAGAAUAUCCGAUGCUUAUUCUUGGCUGUUAACGAUAAAGUCUUCGAAGUUAAGGAAGCCGCAAUUUGCAUAAUCGGCCGCCUAUCUACCGCGAAUCCUGCUUAUGUCUUUCCGCCUCUGCGGAAACUGCUGGUUAACCUUCUGACCGGCUUGGGUUUCGCCAACACAGCCCGCCAGAAGGAAGAAGCCGCCCAACUCAUCAGCUUGUUUGUCUCAAAUGCCACUAAGCUGAUCAGAUCCUAUGUGGACCCGAUAGUGGCAGCGCUGUUGCCGAAAACAACUGAUCCGAAUCCCGGUGUCGCUGCCGUCACCUUGAAGGCUGUAGGCGAACUUGCCAACGUCGGAGGGGGUGAGAUGAGGAGCUACCUCGCCCAGAUUAUGCCGAUUAUUCUCGAUUUGCUCCAGGAUCUUUCUUCUCGCACGAAGCGAGAGGCGACGUUGAGGACCCUGGGCCAAUUGGCCAGCAAUUCAGGCUACGUGAUCGAGCCAUAUCUCGAAUACCUCCACCUCCUUGAUAUUCUCAUGAACAUCAUCAAGACCGAACAAACAGGGUCCCUUCGAAAGGAGACGACUAAGCUCCUUGGUGUUUUGGGUGCUCUGGACCCCUACAAAUACCAGCAGAUCAGUGACAUCGAGCCCCAUGCUCACUAUAUCAAUGAAAUUCAAAAUGUAUCAGAUGUCGCCUUGAUCAUACAGGACCUUACCCCGUCGAACGAGGAAUACUAUCCCACAGUGGCCAUUCACACUUUGCUACAGAAUAUCCUGAGGGAGAACUCUUUGACUCAAUAUCAUUCUGCUGUGAUCGACGCCAUUGUCACCAUUUUCAAGACACUCAGCUUGAAAUGUAUUCCAUUCCUUGGACAAAUCAUCCCCGCAUUCAUUUCCGUCUUGUGA